AUGGGCAAGACUAAAGAGCUCUCUAAGGACCUCAGGGACAAGAAUGUAGACCUGCACAAGGCUGGAAUUGGCUACAAGACCAUCAGAAAGCAGCUUGGUGAGGAGGAGACCACUGUGUUGUGUGUCCGGAUGUGUAUCUGUCUGGCAGGCUGGCCCCUGGCCUCAGAGGCAGGCCGACUGCGCUGUGGCUCUGAUCUGCUCACGGACCUAAUGUUUGUCUGCGGGGAUCGUGGAAUCUAUUUAGGUAGAGGGUCAUGGUCCGGUUACGGAGGUCGGCCCAGAAGGAAGGGGAUCGUGGAGCAGUGCUGCCGCUCGCCUGGCUGUGGACUCCAGUAUCUGGAGACGUACUGCAACAAACCAAAGGGCCAGCAGCCCACCACAGCUCCCCCUGCCACCACCACAGCCCCCCCUGCCACUAGCACAGCCCCCCCUACCACCACCACAGAACCCUCGACCACCACACAGACGGACAUGGCUCAGCAGUUCCAGGCAGUGUUUCAGAGGAGACUCUCUGAGCACCUGGGGGCCCCCAACAGUGCAACAAAGAAGAAAACACCGCCCCCUCCUCGACGGAAAAGCAAAGGUUUAUCUUCACGCAGGAGGAAGAAAACAAGGAGCACAACCAGCAGGCCUUCGUCGACCUCCAGGAGCCCGCCCCAAAGAACCACAGCGCUAAAGUAAUGACCUCAGAAGAAGUUACUGGUACUGGUACGCUACCUGAUGCUCUACUUUAAGUAGUUCUCUACUAAGUAGGGGUGGUUGAUAAUCACUAACAGAGACUUCAGGGGGGCACAGAUGGGAGGUCCUCAGCUCCAGGGGAGACACUCAGAGAGUCCUGACUCCAGCUCUGGGCCAGCUGCUGUCACACUGCCACGUCUGGAAUAGCUCCCCUCUGAAAGCGGCUUACUUGCCUCAAUCUAUUAAGAUUAAGACUACCUUUAAUCAUUCAGUUCACGCUGGUGUUAUUAUACAAUUACAAACCAAGGCCCGAAAAUACACACCAGCUCAUGGAGGUGUCAGAGCGAAGGGGCUGCCACUGUUCCAGCGCCCGGGAGCAGUUGGGGGUUCGGUGCCUUGCUCUAGGACACCUCAGCAGUGCCCAGGAGGCUGACUGGUACCUCUCCAGCUACCAGUCCACACCAUUUUUAUGUGUUGGUCCAUACCGAGAUUCGGUUCCCAAGCAAAGAUCUCCAUCCAUAUUUUCUUUUGGUCCGAUCGGGAGUGAACUUAUGACCCUUUGGUCCCCAAGCCAAAUCUCUCCAAACUGAACUUUGAUCCCCAAGUUUAGUCUGUGUUAACCCAUGAUGGACUAAUGGGAAAUGGUGUUUGUUAAAGGCUGCUAACUAUUACAGAGACAACAUCACUUCUCUACUGCAAAGACUUAGUAACUGUCCUAUGACCUGAACCUUUUAUUUUUAGGCGUACUCAUUAUCGAUACAGUGAUAAAUAUAUUUAGCAAUUAUGAUGCUAUAUGAAUGAUUUAGAAUUUGGAGUGUGUUUUGUGUCCACUUUCAAACUCUUCCUGAUGGAAAUAUAUCUUUCUCAUUAUCCACUGUGUGUGAGUGUGUGUGUGUGUG